AUGAUAUUUCCGGGCGACGUGAUCCUUAGCUCCGUGUCCUCACCGACCAUUCACGAGAUGCUUCAGGGCCCCGAUUUCAGACCUUGGAAGUCGUAUACUCUCAGCCAUGACGAGGCGGUUCUGCUGGGCAAAGAUAGUGCGCUGAUUUAUUAUCGCGUGGAAGCUACAAGAGACAAUGAGACAUUCAGAGCCAUUUGUUCGAGUGCAUGGGUUCUCGAAGGUUCCAGUCAGAGUCUUGUGGGAGAAUGGAAGAUGGCAAGCCAUCAGCAGACCCUGAUCUAG